AUGGAGAAUUCCUUCCUGCACUCUCCAUCGGAGGUGCUGAAACACUUCGAUGUCUCGGAGCGCGACGGAUUGACCAGCAAUGCGGUCGUCCAGGCUCGCAAGCAGUAUGGUCCCAAUGCUCUCGCUGAAGAACCCCCAACUCCUAUGUGGGAACUGAUUCUGGAGCAAUUCAAGGACCAGCUGGUGCUUAUCUUGCUGGGUUCGGCUGCUGUGUCCUUUGUGCUGGCCCUGUUCGAAGGAGGUGACGACUGGACUGCAUUUGUGGACCCUGCCGUGAUUUUGACCAUUCUGAUCCUCAACGCGGUGGUGGGCGUCACCCAAGAAAGCAGCGCGGAAAAGGCAAUUGCGGCUCUCCAGGAAUACUCGGCCAACGAGGCCAAGGUUGUGCGUGAUGGCAAGAUGGUCAAGGUCAAGGCCGAGGAUUUGGUGCCCGGCGAUGUUAUUGAAAUCGCUGUUGGAGAUCGCAUUCCCGCCGAUUGCCGACUCAUCUCGGUUCACAGCAACAGCUUCCGCGUUGACCAGGCCAUUCUGACUGGUGAGAGCGAGAGUGUUGGCAAGGACACCAAAGCCAUCAAGGACAACCAGGCUGUCAAGCAGGACCAGGUCAACAUGCUCUUCUCCGGAACCACAGUCGUCAACGGACACGCCACUGCCCUUGUUGUUCUGACCGGCGGUUCGACUGCCAUCGGUGAUAUCCACGACAGUAUUACCUCUCAAAUCUCCGCGCCGACCCCGCUGAAGCAAAAGAUCAAUGACUUUGGUGAUAUGCUGGCCAAGGUCAUCUCCCUUAUCUGUAUCCUCGUCUGGCUGAUCAACAUCGAGCACUUCAAUGAUCCUUCCUUUGGUGGCUGGACCAAGGGUGCUAUCUACUACCUGAAGAUCGCAGUCUCUCUCGGUGUGGCCGCUAUCCCCGAAGGUCUUGCUGUUGUUAUCACUACUUGCCUUGCUUUGGGAACUCGCAAGAUGGCCCAGAAGAACGCUGUUGUGCGCUCUCUGCCUUCGGUUGAAACAUUGGGCAGCUGCAGCGUGAUUUGCUCUGAUAAGACUGGAACCCUCACCACGAACCAGAUGAGCGUGGCAAAGAUCAUUACUGUGUCCAGCACCGGCACCUCGAUUGAAGAGAUUGAUGUCGAGGGUACUACUUUCGCACCCGUUGGAAAGUUUUCUCGCGGAGGCAAGGCCGUCGAUGGCCUGGCCACUUCCUCCUCCACUGUGAAGCAAAUUGCCGAGGUCACUGCUCGUUGCAAUGCCUCCAAACUCUCCCACGACCCCAAGACCGGCCAAUUCGCUAGCAUCGGAGAACCCACCGAGGGAGCUCUGCGCGCCCUGGUCGAGAAGAUCGGUACCGAGGACGCUUCCGUCAACAAGAAGAUCUACUCCCUAGCUGCCCACGAGAGACUGCACAAGGUUAGCGAACACUACGAGAACCGUCUUGCUCUGGAGGCCACCUACGAAUUUUCUCGCGAUCGCAAGAGCAUGUCCGUCCUGGUCCGCGAGGGUAACGAACAGAAGCUGCUUGUCAAGGGUGCUCCCGAGAGUAUCCUGGAUCGCUGCACUCACGUCCUGCAAGGCCCCGACGCAUCCAAGGUUUCCCUGACCGCUGCCCACAAGAAGUUGCUCUCCAACGAGGUCGUCGAGUGUGGUAACCGCGGUCUCCGUGUGAUGGCCCUUGCCAGCCGCAGUGACCUCUCUACCAAGGACAACUUGCACAACGCUACCUCUACCGACGACUAUCUCAAGCUGGAGCAGAAGCUCACUCUCAUCGGACUUGUUGCUAUGCUGGACCCCCCUCGCCCCGAGGUUGCCGGCUCCAUUAAGACGUGCCACGAUGCUGGUAUUCGCGUUAUUGUUAUCACCGGUGACAACCAGAACACUGCCGAGUCGAUCUGCCGCUCCAUUGGUGUCUUUGGUGCCGAUGAGGACCUUACUGGGAAGAGUUUCACUGGUCGCCAAUUCGACGAUCUCAGCGAUGCUCAGAAGCUCGAGGCUGUCCAGACUGCUUCCCUGUUCUCCCGUACCGAGCCCAGCCACAAGUCCAAGCUGGUCGAUCUGCUCCAGUCUCUGAACCACGUCGUCGCCAUGACCGGUGACGGUGUCAACGAUGCCCCCGCCCUGAAGAAGUCCGAUAUUGGUGUCGCCAUGGGUACCGGUACCGACGUCGCCAAGCUGGCGGCCGAUAUGGUUCUGGCCGAUGACAACUUCGCUACCAUCACCGUCGCUGUUGAGGAGGGUCGCUCCAUCUACAGCAACACCCAACAGUUCAUCCGUUACCUGAUCUCUUCCAACAUUGGUGAGGUCGUCUCGAUUUUCCUGACUGCCGCCCUGGGCAUGCCCGAGGCUCUGAUCCCUGUUCAGCUGUUGUGGGUGAACCUUGUCACCGAUGGUCUCCCUGCUACUGCACUGUCCUUCAACCCCCCCUGA